GAAAAUUAAUUUUUAUAGCUUGUCAAAAAACCUCAAGUCAUUUCGUCCAAUUGUAAAUGAGGUAUUCUCUUUUAAAUGCUGUACGCAGACUUUUGGGAGCCACUUUAUCUUUAAUUUGAUGACACGUCGCCGUCACAAGAAUUUGCAAAUAAUAAUGUUGUUUAAAGAAUUCGUUAUUAUUUCGCGAAAGCGUUGCCGGCCGCCUUACGAUGGUUAAAUAGUCACCAAUUUUUUACUAUGAUAUUCGUAAUUAGCGUAUUAAAAAAACGUAACAAUACUAACUUUCAAAAACAUAGACGGUCAGUGCUUUUCGGAACUUCACCCACAAAUUCCGAUUAUUUUUCUUUAAUUAAUAAUAUUUUCUUUUUCUUCUUUUUUUCAUAAACAGAUGGAUGAGGAACAACAAAAUAACCAACAAACUAUGAUGAAUAUGAUGCUGCAACUGCAGCAGCAGUUGCAGGAGCAGCGGGAGCAGCGUGACCGAGAGCGCGUAGAGCAGGAGAGGCAGCAGCAAAUCAUGCACCACCAAAUAACGGUGCUGCACCAGCAGCUGCAACAAAGGCCGGAGCCUGCGGCAACAACAUCCAGCAAUACCGAAAAGGAGCAGGAGGAGGAUAAGGCGCCACGUAAAAGAGGAACGGCUGCGGGAACGCGGAGAAAGCCCUACCGCGGGAGAUUCCCGAGGGGCGGAGGAAGAAGCGGCAGAGGCGGCAGGGGAGGGCCGCCAAAUAAAUAUUAUAUAUCAUUUGCAUGA